UAUACUUAUUUAAAUUCACAGGCCCACCCUAUAUUCCAUUUGCUCACAUUCAUGCACCAUCCCUUGGAUUUGAGGAUUUGAGAUUGACUAUGCUUAUUCCAAAUAGGCCAAUACGACUUAAAAUUAUAGAUGCAUUUAGAGUUCCUGGCUCAUCUAUUAUGAAUCCUAAUUUAUAUGUUAUUCAUUUACAACAUGGAAACUUCGAAUGGAUAAUUAAAAAGCGCUAUAAGCAUUUUCAAAGACUGCAUCAACAGUUACUUCUUUUUCGUGCCUCACUUUCUCUUCCAAUUCCUACACGCAGAUAUAGGGAAAGAAGGAAGAGUUUUAAGCACAGGAAAACACUUCCAUUGUUUCCACGUCGACCUGAAGCUUUAAUUCAACCAGAUCAACUUUCUCAUAGAGCAGUAUGUUUAGUAGUUUAGUUUAUUUUAUUUCUACUAAUCCAGUAAAUGCUUUUAAAAAAUAAAAAUGAAUAUUCA